UUUGACGUCAGUGGGGAGUUAAUUUUAAAUCGGUACAAGAUGGCGGAGGGGGAGGAGGUGGCGCGGAGGCAGCAGCCGCACCUGGAGCUGCGGCGCCGGCGGCGGACCAGCGACCCCGGCACCGAGGUUAACCACGUCUCGUCCACGACCUCGCUAGGUGAGGAUUAUGAAGAUGAGAACCUAGUAAACUCUGAUGAGGUUAUGAAGAAACCAUGUCCAGUACAGAUUGUUCUUGCUCAUGAAGAUGACCAUAACUUUGAGCUUGAUGAAGCAGCUUUGGAGCAGAUAUUGCUACAGGAGCACAUUCGUGAUCUUAACAUAGUGGUAGUAUCCGUGGCAGGAGCUUUUCGUAAAGGGAAAUCAUUUCUACUGGACUUCAUGCUUAGAUAUAUGUAUAACAAGGGUCAUCAAAGUUGGAUUGGUGGAAACAACGAACCAUUGACUGGCUUUACAUGGCGAGGUGGUUGUGAAAGAGAAACAACAGGCAUACAAGUCUGGAAUGAAGUGUUUGUGAUUGACAGACCUGAUGGAACAAAAGUGGCUGUGCUGCUAAUGGAUACUCAGGGUGCCUUCGAUAGCCAGUCAACAAUCAAAGACUGUGCAACAGUGUUUGCUCUGAGCACUAUGACUAGCUCAGUCCAGGUAUAUAAUUUGUCUCAGAAUAUUCAAGAAGAUGAUCUUCAGCACUUGCAAUUAUUUACAGAGUAUGGCAGGCUUGCAAUGGAAGAAAUCUACCAGAAACCAUUUCAGACAUUAAUGUUUUUGAUUCGAGAUUGGAGUUACCCUUAUGAACAUUCAUAUGGUUUGGAAGGUGGAAAACAAUUCCUUGAAAAGAGAUUGCAGGUAAAGCAAAAUCAACAUGAAGAGCUACAGAAUGUAAGGAAGCACAUUCACAAUUGUUUCUCAAAUCUUGGUUGCUUCCUUUUACCACAUCCUGGUCUUAAAGUUGCAACUAAUCCUAGUUUUGAUGGGAGAUUGAAAGACAUUGAUGAAGACUUUAAACGAGAGCUUCGAAAUCUGGUGCCAUUGCUGCUUGCCCCUGAGAAUUUGGUGGAAAAAGAGAUAAGUGGAUCUAAAGUCACUUGCAGGGAUCUUGUAGAAUAUUUUAAGGCUUACAUUAAAAUUUAUCAAGGAGAGGAACUUCCACAUCCAAAGUCCAUGCUUCAGGCAACAGCUGAAGCUAAUAAUCUUGCUGCAGUAGCAGGAGCAAGAGAGAUUUAUUGCAGAAAUAUGGAACAGGUAUGUGGUGGAGACAAGCCUUACAUUGCACCUUCAGAUCUGGAACGAAAACAUCUGGAUCUUAAGGAAGUGGCAAUUAAACAGUUUCGUUCAAUUAAAAAAAUGGGUGGAGAUGAUUUCUGCCGUCGUUAUCAGGACCAGCUUGAAGCUGAAAUCGAAGAAACCUAUGCAAAUUUCAUAAAGCACAACGAUGGCAAAAAUAUCUUCUAUGCUGCUCGUACACCUGCCACACUGUUUGCAGUCAUGUUUGCUAUGUAUAUAAUCUCAGGACUGACUGGCUUCAUCGGUCUAAACUCUAUAGCCGUCUUGUGUAACCUGGUCAUGGGUUUGGCACUGACAUCUCUUUGUACUUGGGCAUAUGUUAAAUACUCUGGGGAGUUCAGAGAAAUUGGAACAAUGAUUGAUCAGCUUGCUGAAACACUGUGGGAACAGGUAUUGAAGCCCCUGGGUGAUAAUUUGAUGGAGGAAAACAUAAGGCAGUCUGUAACAAACUCUAUCAAAGCAGGCCUGACUGACCAGGUGUCUCAUCAUGCCCGGUUAAAGACAGACUGACAGUUCAUCUCCUCAUGGACUCCACUCUCCCUCUUGUUCAUGCUUGCUGUACAAUGAGAACUCAAAUACAAAUAAACCAAAGUUUACAAUCAACUGUAGAAGUAGUUUAGUACAACUGGCUUCACAGAUGGCUGCCACAGAGUGUGAAAAUUGUUGGUUGGUUUUAAGCAUUCUGUUCAUGGCUCCUAAGGCAUGGAAAUUGGCUGAGGAGCAUUAGUUUAUCAUGCACAUUUGUGCCAUGUUUUUAAAUCUUUCUUUUCCUUUUUACUUAAGCUAAUGUUAGUGAAAUUUGUUUUAUGUAAAAGGAUAUUUCAGGGAAAUAUUUUAAGAAAUCUAUUUAGAGUCUCUCUAACAGUGUCCCAUUGAAUUUUAAUUUUUAGAGAAGCUAUGAAUCACUGUAUAAGGAAUCAGAUUGGAAUGACAAUGAAGCCUUUAUUGAGCCACUACAUUAAAAGUAUAUAUUGCUUUACUGCCUUCAAUACCAGUAUUACAUAAAUGCAUGUAUCAGAAACUUCACAGAAAUUACAUGACAACUCUUGUAGCUAAGAAAGUGAUUCUGAGGUGUACAUUUGUCUUGCCUUUUGAAAUUUAUAAACCUGCCCUAAAAGGAGAUGCAUAUCUGGGAAUCUGAACUGUCAUUAUGCAGUUUAGCCUUCAUGUACAUAAAAUAUGCCAUUAAUUUUAUUGGGGGAGGAAUUCCAUCCAAAAAUGUUGCCUACAGCUAUGAGUUAAGAGUGUCUGUACAGUGUGUAGCUUUUAUUUUCUAAACUCACAGAUAGGGCAUGUAUAUGAAAUAUAAAUAUAUAAAUAACAAUUUUGUAUUAAAAGUUUUGUAGUUUAUGGCAAAAUCUGGUUCUGUGGUAGGCUAAUAAGUACAGUCCCUGUGAAGGAAUGUUUGUGGCUCACGUCGGUGUGUGAAUGCAUAAACUAUUUGAAGUUUUUGAUAUAUUUGUGAUAUUUAUCUUCCUUGAGCACUGCAAUCUCACCCCCCAAGGGAAUCCAAUGGGAAUGUUUAUUGUGACUUUGUUCUCUGUUGCAUUUUAAAGUUAUUUCCUGUAAUUUAUUUUCAGUACAUAAUUAAAAAUUUGUUGUAUAUAUAAAAUGAAACUUGUGAUUCUUUCUUUAAGGAAUUCUUCAAGUAUGUAUUCCACUACAUAAAUCACAUUUGUUUAUAUUGAAAAGAGCAUGAGCAGGAAACACCCAAGUGAGAGCUCUAAGGUACUGUACCUUUAAGCUAAGCUUGUAAAAAGUUAUUUUUCUGUGUCUGUCUUGGAUAGGGAGAACUUGUGAUUAGCCUGGGUGUAGCUCAGGAUUUAUUAAUUUUUUUUUGUGUGUGUGAUAUAUGUAAGGUUAACAUUUGCAAUAUUUUUGUAGCUUUCUUUUAGGACACCUGUUAAAGCACCUACUUUGGUUUUUAAGUGAAGAAAAUUCAGAUAUUGAAUUGCAUGCCUGAAAACUCUAAGUUUAUCUUGGUUGAUAUUAUUUCCUCCCCCUUUCAACUCCUGUUUUUCUAUGGAUUGUAUUUGUUUCCAUCUGUAUUAAAUUGCUACCAACUCAUCUGUUCUUAAACAUAAAGAAUCCACCUGAAAAGUGUCUCUUUUUAUUUCUUCGACUACCCUGUUUUAUGAAUGCUGUGGACUGUUUUUAUGAAUGAAAAAAAUAAAAAGUUUGUUGUAUAAUAA